AUGGCACACCACAAUCUACGGGCAGAAAAGAACUGCCUUUCACUUGACGGGGGUGGUGUGCGCAGCCUCUCCUCUCUCCUCAUCCUCGAGGAAAUAGUGCGUCAAUAUAACAUUACAAACGGGCUGGCUGCAGAUGACCAGCCGCCAGGCAAUGUGUUUCAUGUCGCUUUUGGCACCAGCGGCGGAGGCCUAAGCGCGUUGAUGAUCAAGAAAUAUGCCAUGCCUAUGCAGGCAUGCAUCAAUAGCCUCCGUGAUGUCUCUAACACCGUGUUCCAACGACGUGCAGCUUGGCCAAAUCUCGAUCUUGGUGCUCUCACCGGUGGGCUUUUAGUCGGGUCACGGUUCAGUCAGGGACUGCUUCGGCAGCAAAUCCAGCUGAUCACAGGCACCCGCACACAGAUGCAGAACCCUUCUUCCAAUUGCAACUGCUACGUGGUUUGCCGUCGUUCGAACAGCGCUGGGAGAAUCAUUGACAAUCGAGCGGUGUGCUUUGCCUGUUUUGCAAAUGGACAAGCCAAUCGUCUUGUGUGGGAAGCUGCCCUGGCCACCAGCGCUGCAUCCACCUACUUUCCUCCCGCACAACUGGGACCCCUGGAGUAUUACAUCGAUGGUGGGCUGGGCUUCAACAACCCGAUUCUGACGUUUUCGAAACAGAAAUCGUUCAUGGGUAUUGGAGACCGCAUGUCGGCAUGCAUCAUAAGCAUUGGGACUGGGGAACCAACAUCCGUCCAAAACCAGACGGCGCGAAACAGUUGGUGGCGGUUUUGGGAUAGGCUUACCAUCAUCAACGUGUUUCAAAAUGCACUUGCCCUUGCAACCGACAUCAAGAACGACCAUGAUGCUUUCGAAGAAAUUGCCGGUUUGUCAUCGAAUUGGUCCUAUUUCAGAUUCAACUGCGGCGGGGGGCUUGCAGAUAUCCCUCUUGACCAAGCGAGCCAGUUGCCAACCAUCGAGAACCUGACCAGGGCUUAUCUUGCGAAACCCCAAACGCAAGCGAUGAUACAAGAUGCUUUACGUGCUUGA